AGGAAGGGCGUUCACGUAGAAAGUAUUCUUGCCGCUGGCUAGUUUGAAUGGGAAGUGUUGACAGUACCUUUGAUAUAUGCAAUAAACACAGUCACGUGCUAGACCAAUAUAAAGACCUCUAGGUUAGUAUAUUUAUUAUUGCCCGUGAACCACAACCAUUUGGAUCGACUACAUGUCAAGUGGAGGAAACUCAACGACUUUGAUGUAAUUAAAAAGCAAUUUUAAGCUAAGCUUUCUACUAGAAAAUGUAGUUAUUCUAGGGAGUGCUGGUCUUUGCCUUCACCAGGUUCGUGUACACAAGGAUACGAUCGAAAUUGCGAAAGUAAAAGAAUGAGCUCCACCGAACGUGAGAUGGAAAACUCCACUAGUGCGUCGUCGAGUGCAGGGAUUUCAUUGUUAUCUGACAGCGAGAAGAUCAGCUGGGCAGUGGCGUUUGGACUCGUUGCCGCUACUGUUAUUCUGAGUAACUCUUUGACAUUGACUGUGUUUCUAAAGACAAAACUAAGACAGCGCCAGAGCACUUUUUUGCUCAUUAAUCUGACUAUAGCAGAUGGCCUGGUCGGGUUUCUCUCGAUUCCUUUGUUUAUAUACAUGUUGAUGUUCGAGGGACAAUACAGCAAGGUACUUUACAAUGUCUACACUUUCCAAGAUAUUGUUUUAGGAAUCACUUCGGUGUCUACUCUAGCCUUUGUCGCCUUUGAGAGAUUCUAUGCUGUUUGUUACCCAUUGUUGUACCGAGGGACUCUCCCAAGAGCGCAUUUUGUCAUGAUCGCUUCGGCCUGGUUAUUUGGAGUUGUCAUAGCUAUUCUACGAGUCUUGACAAGCCUUGGUCUCAUUCACCUGAAGACUUUUACAUACAUUAUGGUAACCUCUAUUGCGACUCCACUAUUAAUAACAUGUGUGAUGUACUUUGCUGUAUGGCUGUCAACAAAUGUUAAACCAAGAUACGGGAGGAUUCCUGAUAAGGAGAGGAAACUAUCCAAAACUCUUUUUAUUAUCACUUCCAUAUUUAUCAUAAGUUGGACGCCUUUUCCUGUCGCAAAUAUUUUCAAUACUUUUUCCAAAAAACUCGCUUCUUUUUCGGGUUUUAUCACCUUUACUUAUGCGACUAAACUACUUCAUUAUGGAAACUCGCUGAUCAAUCCUAUUGUGUAUACAUUGCGUAUAACAGAAUUUAGGAAGAAACUUACCCAGAUUGUGUACAAAGACAGUUGUACUUCCAAGACACAGUCUUGCUGUAAGAAAAAACGUAGGUUUAGUUCAAUGUCUGGGGCCUUUUUGUGUCCUGCGCGGAAGGAGUAAAAUAACUAUAUGUUA